AUGGCCCCCGCGGCCUCUUUGAGAACCGAUCGCGUGCCGCGGAUGGUGGCGGUGGCGGUGGCGCAGCAGAAAAACACCCUACAGACCACACGGGCAUGUCCACAACUCUCCUUCUCAACCCUGCCGUGUUUUCUCCCUCCCUUUUUUUUUUUUUUUUUGUUUGGCAUGUCCGGUUGCCUCCACACCCUUUUUCUUUAUUCUCCUUUCCGCCCACCCUCUUCCCGUGCAGUUUUAGUGAUGCCGAGCGGCGACAAAAAAAUCGACACCAGAAAUGGUGACGGCCACGACGAAAACAGAAGCGAAUACUGCGAUGACGAUUACGUGCCACCUGCGCAGCGUGGGGUGUUGUUUUUCUCGACCAUCCCGCGCGACAUGCGACCACAGGAGGUGCGCAUGCACUUUAAUGAGUUUGGUAAGAUUCUGCGACAGAAAUUUACGCCUUUUCCAAAGAAGGAGCGACGCCCUGGCGGCCCGUUGCUUCCGCUGCAGUUUAUGAAUGGAUACUUGGAGUUUGCACACGUCGAGGACGCGCGACGGGCGGCGGCGGCGAUGAACGGGACGCCUGUCGCAUGCAAGCGACGCCGCAAGUGCCACGGCCAGCUGUGGACAGUGAAGUUCCUUGACGACUUCACGUGGGACACGUUGCUUGAGCAGAAGGAGGAGACACGGCGCACACGGCGGCAGCGUGAGGCGGAGGCACGCAGCGCGGAGCGCGCCAUCAACGAAGCGUACCGCGCUGCCGUCCUGGGGGCGAUGCGGCGCAAACACACACGCGGCGAAGGAGGAGCCUCACCGAAAGAACCGAAUGAAUGCCGCAGUCUUAAGAAGAGAGGGCGGCGUGAGCAAAAUGUCACUGGGAGGAUGUUACGUGAUGUUUCUGUUUCUUCUGAUUCCGUUGGUGCUGCUGCUGUGACUCCUCUUGAGGUGGUGAAGAAGAAGCGGAGGAGAGAAUGA